GGCGGGCGGUGCCUCCCGGGCGGGCGGUGCCUCCCGGGCGGGCGGUGCCUCCCGGCGGGGACGAUGCUGAGCCGGCUGCAGGAGCUGCGCCGGGAGGAGGAGACGCUGCUGCGGGUCAAGGCGGCGCUGCACGAUCAGCUCCGCCGGCUGCGGGUGGAGGAGCUGGCGCUGCAGUCCAUGAUCCAGGCCGGCGAGGAGAACGUCCCCAUGCCCCUGGCAGCCCUGGCCGAGGACACCCAGCAGACUCUGGGGCAGAUGGACAAUGAGGCUGCCAUCAAUCAAACUCAGUUACACCUCAGUCUUCAGGAGGAGGAAGAGGAGGAAGAGGAGGAAGAAUCUGAUUCUUGAGAGAAAAAAAAAUCAGAGAUGGUUUUUAACACAGACUCAGGAAUUUCUUCUUCGUUCAUUUGAAACUCACCAAGUGAUUUCCAUUUUGUGAUGUGUGUGGGUAUGAACUAUUUGACAUGUCAGAGUUGAGGGCAGUGACACUGAAAACAUGAAUUUCACAGGCUGGGCACAUCUUGACUCAGAAAGAAUGAAAAUCUGCUGCACAAAUAUGUAGCAUAAUCCAUUCCACAUUUCAAACCUAAUGUAGCUCUUACAACAUCUUUGUACGUGGAAGGGAGAAGUAAUUGAUCAACCAGACUAAUUAACACAUGCACUAAAAGCAAUAACUUUGUGUCUGCUCUCAUUUCCUGAUGAGAGAAACAAAUCCAGGUCCUAGGCUGGUGCUGCCCCAGUGAUGACAUUAUAACCUCGUUUGCCUGAACUGGGAAUUGAAGAUACAGGGUGAGGAAAGAUGUGUCCAGGGCUGUCUCCAGCCUUCAGCUGCUGUGUUCAGUCCCAUGGAAGAGCCCUCCCAGUGUCAGCCCAGUUCUGUGCACAGCAGGGACGUCCCUCUGUCCCCCUGGUGCUCUGCAGUUCUGUCAGUCUGUCCCAAAGAAGGACUUUCUACUUCUGCUCCUUCAGAGCAGCAGCCAAGGAGCCUUUUGUUUGUCCACAAAUUGUAGAGUAAGAAAUGAUCUGUGGUGCUUGUAAUAAGCUAAUACUCUUACAUUGGUGUUAUUUUCUUUUUCUCUCAUUGUAACCUCAGAAAUCAAGGCAAGGUCACCUGCUUUCAUGUGAUUCUCAAGGAGGAGCAUGAGGACUUUAAGAACUUAAUUAAAAAUGGAAAGUGA